AUGCCGCCAGCCCCCAAGUCCGGCGACGCCCUCUUCGCCAGCGUGGAUCGCGUCAAUGCCGAGCUGUUCACGCUCACGUACGGCGCCAUCGUGCGGCAGCUGCUCACGGAUCUGGAGGAGGUCGAGGAGGUCAACAAGCAGCUCGAUCAGAUGGGUUACAACAUUGGAACUCGAUUGGUUGAUGAGUUCUUAGCAAAGUCAAAUGUAUCAAGGUGUGUUGACUUCAAGGAGACUGCCGAUGUUAUCGCAAAGCUUGGCUUCAAAAUGUUCUUGGGUGUGACUGCAACUGUGACCAAUUGGGAUGCUGAGGGUACAAGUUGCAGCCUUGUCCUGGAAGACAACCCGCUUGUUGAUUUUGUCGAGCUCCCUGACACUUGCCAAGGCCUUCAGUAUUGCAAUCUUUUAAGUGGAGUUAUUAGGGGGGGCAUUGGAAAUGUCAUACUAUCGAAUGUUGUUCUGAAGUUGUUUCAGAAUGCAUACAGCCAGCUUCCUGAAACUUUGACUGUUAAUAUGGUGUCUAUGAAGACGGAGGUGACAUGGGUACGUGACAUGCUUCGUGGGGACGAUGCCUAUGAGAUGCGGGUGAAACUUAUCAAGCAAAUCCCGGAGGAAUACCCCUACAAGGAUGAUGACUAG